GCUGCAACGUUGCGUAAAGCACACGCCACCCAGCCGACAGCCUGAAUAUUUUAUGACCAAUGACCUAGGUGGUUGUGUUGUCCGCCGAAAGGGCGCUAGUGCAGUUCUUUCGGUAAGAAAAAUCUGGCAUCAUGGGUCGCAUGCACGCUCCCGGAAAGGGUAUUUCCCAGUCAGCGUUGCCCUACAGGCGCAGCGUUCCAACAUGGCUGAAACUCACCCCAGAGGACUGUAAGGAACACAUUUAUAAACUGGCCAAGAAGGGUCUGACUCCGUCUCAAAUUGGUGUGAUUCUUCGUGAUUCUCAUGGAGUUGCCCAAGUCCGGUUUUUGACCGGCAACAAGAUCCUGCGCAUCCAGAAGGCAAUGGGGCUGGCGCCUGACCUACCAGAGGAUUUGUACUACCUGAUCAAGAAGGCAGUAGCUAUCCGCAAACACUUGGAGCGCAAUCGCAAGGACAAGGACAGCAAGUUCCGUUUGAUUCUAGUAGAGUCGAGAAUCCACAGGCUUGCUCGUUACUACAAAACCAAAAGUACCCUUCCUCCCAACUGGAAGUACGAAAGCUCCACAGCUAGCGCCCUUGUCGCUUAAAUGAUAAUCUGUACACUAAAAUUUUAUUACAUCAAUAAAUUCCACUUAUUGAUUUAA